UUAGAACUCGUACUCAACAACUCUCUCUAAUCAUCUCUCUCUCUCUCUCUCUCUCUCUCUCUCUCCCUCCAGAGGAAAGGAAGGAAGAAAGAAAAAACCAAAAGCCUCAUCAACUUGAAAAUGGAACAAAAUAAUCUACCCGUUAUAGCCAAGAAACUAUGGAGCAUAGUACGUGUGGCUUUCUUCAUGCUAAGAAAAGGCAUCUCAAAGCGAAAGCUCCUGCUAGACCUCAACAUGAUGAUGAAGCGCGGCAAGCUCGCCAGCAAAGCCCUGAGCAACCUCAUGUUCCACCACCAUCACCACGGCUCCUCCGCCGCUUCUUCAGCCGCCGCCGCCGCCCAGCGCGAGUAUGAGUUCAGCUGCAGCAACACCCCCAACUACCGCUUCCAUCUCAUGAGUGGCAAGCGCCGCGGUCACCACAGCAACCACAGCCACUUCUUUGCGUGCGCCCACGCGCCUGCCACUCAAGAAGAUGAUGUGGCGGCGGUCAAUGCCGUUAAGGCUGUGCUGGAGAUUCUGAAUAAUCAUGAGGUGGUGACAGCGGUGGAGGCGUCCCCGAUGCCGACUCCAUUUCAGACGCCUUCACUUCCAGGGUUCGGGCGAAGCCCCAUGGUCCGCCAGCUGAGGAUAACGGACUCACCGUUUCCGUUGAGGGAGGCCGACGAGGACAGCCACGUGGACAAAGCGGCGGAGGAGUUUAUUGAGAGGUUUUACAAGAAUUUGAGACAGCAGAAGCAAAAUGCAUGAGUGAGAGAGAUUGAGUUUGGAGUAUUACCAUGAUGCUUAAUUUGGCUAUUUGAGUCUUAUUGUUGUUGGGAGUGUUGAUAAUUACAAUAAAAGAGAGAAUUAGCUAGCUUCAACCUGAAGUUCCUGAACUACUUUUUGUUCUUAAUAUCGAGUCUUUAUUUGAUUU